CCCAAACGAGUAUUAAAUACUCGUGCCGGUCUGUACCUCCUCUGGAGAUAUAUGGUAUAUACUAGAUCGGAAGAAGACUUCAAUCAAGCUUGGAGGCAAAUUCAACAGACCUUCCCACACCAGGAGCGAAUUCUUAGAUAUCUCAAGGAUACAUACUUGCCCUUGAAGAGAGAAUGGGCUUGCUGCUAUACUCGCUAUUAUCGAAACUUCGGAUUGAUUACUACAGCACCCGCCGAAUCAAACCAUCAUUCUCUAAAGACCUACCACCUAUCCCUUCGGUCUGACCUCCCUGAUGUUGAAGCAGCAACGGCUAGUCAGACAGACGAUAAACGUCAGCUGUAUAAAGACAAAAUACAGCUGGCAAAUACCACUAUUCGGAACCAGUUCUCGGGAAGAGAAUGGCUUGGCCAGUUGCCCUUAACUGUCACUCGUUGGGCAUUAGACCAGCUGGACGAGAUCCAUAGGCUUAUGGAAUCAAGCGAGGUCUCCAAGAAGAUGUUGCCACCUUGUACAGGCUCUACGAGAA